GAUCCCUUGUGAGAACCUUCACUCCUUUCUACUUCUUGGUGGAGCCAACGGAUGUUCUGUCAGUUCGUGGAGCUUCUGUCGUGAUGAACUGUUCAGCUUAUUGUGAAACCUCACCAAAAAUUGAAUGGAAGAAAGAUGGGGCUUUUCUCAACUUGGUGUCAGAUGACCGUCGCCAGUUGCUGCCAGAUGGAUCUUUAUUAAUAAACAGUGUGGUGCAUUCCAAGCACAAUAAACCUGAUGAAGGAUAUUACCAGUGUGUGGCGACUGUGGAAAGCCUGGGGACCAUUGUCAGCAGGACGGCGAGGCUCACGGUAGCAGGCCUUCCCAGGUUCACCAGUCAGCCAGAACCCUCCUCAGCCUAUAAGGGAGGCAGUGCUGUCCUCAGCUGCGAGGUCAACACGGACCUGGCCCCGUCCGUGCGGUGGGAGCAGGACCGGCAGCCCCUGCUCCCCGACCGGCGCCUCUUCCAGCUGCCCAGCGGAGCUCUGGUCGUCAGCAACGCCACCGAGACGGACGCAGGGCUCUACCGCUGCCUCGUGGAGAGCGGGGGGCCCCCCAAAUACAGCGACGAAGUGGAGCUCACAAUCCUCCCAGAUCCCGAGGUGCCCCAGAACUUGGUGUUCCUGAGGCAGCCUUCUUCCCUCACAAAAGUCAUUGGGCAAAGCGCCGUUUUCCCGUGCGUUGCCACAGGAUUUCCAGCUCCAUCCGUCAGGUGGACACGGAACGAAGAGGAGCUUUUCACAGAAGGGUCCGGGGGGCUGGCGGUGGUGGCAGGCGGCAGCCUGGCCCUGAGCACCGUGGCGGAGGAGGACGCCGGGACCUACACCUGCCUCGCCGAGAGCGGCAACCAGACCAUCGAGGCCCGCGCCGAGCUCGCAGUCCAAGUUCCUCCUCAGUUUCUGAAGCGGCCUGCAAAUAUUUACGCUCACGAAUCAAUGGACAUUGUGUUUGAGUGUGAGGUGACUGGAAAACCUACUCCAACUGUGAAAUGGGUCAAGAAUGGAGACAUGGUCAUCCCAAGUGACUAUUUCAAAAUCGUUAAAGAACAUAAUCUGCAGGUUUUGGGUCUGGUGAAAUCAGAUGAAGGAUUCUAUCAGUGCAUUGCAGAAAAUGAUGUCGGGAAUGCACAGGCUGGAGCCCAGCUGAUAAUACUUGACCUUGAUGUUGCCAUCCCAACAUUACCUCACACUUCACUGACCAGUGCCACUAAUGACCAUCUAGCACCAGCUACAACAGGACCAUUGCCUUCAGCCCCGCGGGACGUCGUGGCCACCCUCGUCUCCACUCGCUUCAUCAGACUGACUUGGCGGACACCUGUUUCGGACCCUCAAGGAGACAACCUCACCUAUUCAAUCUUCUACACCAAGGAAGGUAUUAACAGGGAACGUGUUGAAAAUACCAGUCGUCCUGGAGAGACACAAGUGAUGAUCCAAAACCUGAUGCCAGAAACCGUUUAUGUCUUUCGGGUGGUGGCUCAGAACAAGCAUGGCCCCGGAGAGAGCUCGGUGCCGCUGAAGGUGGCAACUCAGCCGGAGGUCCAGCUUCCUGGUCCGGCGCCCAACAUCCGCGCGUACGCCAGCUCCCCCACCUCCGUCACAGUGAGCUGGGAAACGCCGCUCUCUGGCAAUGGGGAGAUCCAGAACUACAAACUCUACUACAUGGAGAAGGGGCAGGACACGGAGCAGGAUGUUGACGUAGGAGGACUCUCCUACACCAUUAGUGGAUUAAAGAAGUACACAGAGUACAGUUUCCGAGUGGUGGCUUACAAUAAACACGGGCCCGGCGUCUCGACCCAAGAUGUGGUUGUACGAACGUUGUCAGAUGUCCCCAGUGCUCCACCACAGAACCUAACCCUGGAGGUACGGAAUUCCAAGAGCAUCAUGUUGCACUGGCAGCCUCCUCCUGCAGGGACCCACAGCGGACAAAUCACCGGCUACAAAAUCCGCUACCGCAAAGUGUCGCGCAAGAGUGACGUGACGGAGAGCGUCGGCGGGCCCCAGCUUUUCCAGCUCAUAGAGGGUCUGGAGCGUGGCACGGAGUACAGCUUCCGCGUGGCGGCCCUGACUGUGAACGGCACCGGGCCAGCCACCGACUGGGUGUCGGCAGAAACCUUUGAGAGCGACCUGGAUGAAACUCGUGUUCCCGAGGUUCCCAGUUCCCUGCAUGUCCGCCCGCUCGUCACCAGCAUCGUGGUGAGCUGGACACCGCCUGAGAACCAGAACAUUGUGGUGAGGGGCUACGCCAUAGGGUAUGGCAUUGGCAGCCCCCAUGCACAGACCAUCAAGGUGGACUAUAAGCAGCGGUACUACACCAUUGAAAACUUGGACCCCAGCUCCCACUACGUGAUAACUCUGAAGGCCUUUAACAACGUGGGCGAAGGGAUCCCGCUGUACGAGAGCGCGGUGACCAGGCCUCACUCAGACACUUCCGAGGUUGAUUUGUUUGUUAUUAAUGCUCCAUACACUCCAGUGCCAGAUCCAUCUCCCAUGAUGCCCCCGGUGGGAGUUCAGGCUUCCAUCCUGAGCCAUGACACCAUACGGAUCACUUGGGCAGACAACUCUCUGCCGAAGAACCAGAAGAUCACGGACGCUCGCUACUACACCGUGCGCUGGAAGACCAACAUCCCUGCCAACACCAAGUACAAGACUGCAAACGCGACCACUUUGAGCUAUUUAGUGACUGGGUUAAAACCAAAUACUUUGUAUGAAUUCUCCGUGAUGGUGACUAAAGGUCGAAGAUCCAGUACUUGGAGUAUGACAGCACAUGGGACAACUUUUGAAUUAGUUCCCACUUCUCCUCCCAAAGACGUGACUGUGGUGAGCAAAGAGGGGAAGCCUCGGACAAUAAUUGUGAACUGGCAGCCUCCGUCCGAAGCCAACGGCAAAAUCACAGGAUACAUCAUUUACUACAGCACGGACGUGAACGCCGAGAUACAUGACUGGGUUAUUGAGCCCGUAGUGGGAAACAGGCUGACCCAUCAGAUACAAGAGCUGACCCUCGACACACCCUAUUAUUUCAAGAUUCAGGCCCGCAACUCCAAGGGCAUGGGGCCCAUGUCCGAGGCGGUUCAGUUCAGAACCCCCAAAGCCGAAUCCUCAGAUAAAAUGCAUAAUGAUCAAGCUUCAGGAUCUGCAGGGAAGGGAAGCCGUGCAGUGGACAUAGGACCCGAUUACAAACCACCUCUUGGGGGCAGCAACAGUCCACAUGGCAGUCCGACUUCUCCCUUGGACAGCAACAUGCUCCUUGUAAUCAUAGUGUCUGUUGGAGUGAUCACCAUUGUGAUCGUGGUGAUAGUCGCCGUCUUCUGCACCCGUCGUACAACUUCUCACCAAAAAAAGAAACGAGCUGCCUGCAAAUCAGUGAACGGGUCCCAUAAGUACAAAGGAAACUCCAAAGAUGUCAAGCCUCCUGACCUUUGGAUCCAUCAUGAAAGACUGGAGCUAAAACCCAUCGAUAAAUCUCCAGAUCCCAACCCAAUCAUGACAGACACCCCAAUCCCUCGCAACUCCCAAGACAUCACCCCCGUUGAUAAUUCUAUGGACAGCAACAUCCAUCAGAGGCGGAAUUCCUACCGAGGGCAUGAGUCAGAGGAUAGCAUGUCCACGCUGGCAGGAAGAAGGGGGAUGAGGCCCAAGAUGAUGAUGCCUUUUGAUUCUCAACCACCUCAGCCUGUGAUUAGUGCUCAUCCCAUCCAUUCACUCGAUAACCCUCACCAUCAUUUCCACUCCGGCAGCCUCGCCUCUCCAACUCGCAGCUAUCUCCACCACCAGGUCAGCCCGUGGCCGAUGGGCACAUCCAUGUCCCAUUCAGACAGGGCCAAUUCCACAGAAUCGGUUCGGAACACCCCGAGCACGGACACCAUGCCGGCUUCCUCGUCCCAGCCCUGCGCCGAACCCCAGGACCCCGAGAGCAGCGCGGGCUCCUACCUGGCCAGCACGCAGGAGGAGGACUCUGCUCAGAGCCUGCCCACGGCGCACGUCCGCCCCUCCCACCCGCUCAAGAGCUUCGCGGUGCCGGCGGUGCCAGCGCCCGGCCCCACCUAUGACCCUGCCUUGCCGAGCACACCCUUACUGACUCAGCAAGCUCCUAACCAUCCAGUUCACUCGGUGAAGACUGCGUCGAUUGGGACUUUAGGAAGAACUCGACCUCCUAUGCCUGUUGUAGUUCCCAGUGCCCCUGAUGUGCAGGAGACCACCCGGAUGCUGGAGGACUCGGAAAGCAAUUACGAACCGGACGAGCUGACCAAAGAGAUGGCCCACCUGGAAGGACUUAUGAAGGACCUUAAUGCCAUCACUACAGCAUGA